AUGGCCACCAACCCGCAGCCGCAGCCGCCGCCUCCCGCGCCGCCGCCUCCCCCGCCGCAGCCGCAGCCGCCGCCGCCGCCGCCGGGCCCCGGGACUGGCCCGGGCGCGGGCGGGACGGGCGGCGCGGGGGCCGGCGCGGGGGACCCGCAGCUCGUGGCCAUGAUCGUGAACCAUCUCAAGAGCCAGGGGCUCUUCGACCAGUUCCGCCGGGACUGCCUGGCCGACGUGGACACGAAGCCUGCUUAUCAGAAUCUGAGACAGCGAGUUGACAACUUUGUUGCAAACCACUUAGCAACUCACACAUGGAGUCCCCACCUCAAUAAGAACCAGCUGAGAAACAAUAUUAGACAACAAGUACUCAAAUCAGGAAUGUUGGAGUCUGGUAUCGACCGAAUUAUUUCUCAGGUUGUGGAUCCAAAGAUCAACCACACGUUCAGACCUCAGGUGGAGAAAGCUGUGCAUGAGUUUUUGGCCACGCUGAAUCACCGGGAGGAAGCAGGGGGCAGCGCCGCGCCCGAGGAGGAGAGGCCGGACUCCGCCGUCGGCACACAAGGUGCCCCUGCUGCUGGGCCCAGUGCCAGUGUGGCCAACGAUGCCAUGUCCAUCUUGGAAACCAUCACUUCUCUUAACCAAGGAGCUACCGCCGCCAGGGCUUCCACAGAGGCGUCGAACGCCAAGACCAGCGAGCGAGGGUGCAGAAAGCUCCCGGCCCAGCCGAGUGCUGACGCGAGCGCUGAGAAGGACAGGCCCUCAGACGACACCACCGAGAAAGACAAGGCUGUGCCGGACUCCGGGGGCGGCGGACAGGAAGCGGCCCCCAGGUCUGAGGAAUGGACAGAGCUCCCUUGUCCGGUUGAAGAAGUUAAAAAUCACACAAAAGAGAGUGGUAGUUCAGUUCUGCUCGGUAAAGAUGCUCCACAGAAAAGCAGCGACCAAAAAAAUAAAUCAGCAGACAAAGGGGAAAAGAAACCAGACAGCAACGAAAAAGGAGAAAGAAAGAAGGAAAAGAAGGAAAAGACUGAAAAGAAAUUUGAUCACUCAAAACGGAGUGAAGAUAUACAAAAGGUCAAAGAUGAAAAACAAGCAAAGGAUAAAGAAACAGAGUGUACAAAAGUUCCUUCAGAAAAGAACAGUAAUAAAGCUAAAGCCAUGGAAGGGACAAAAGAAGAUAACUCUGUGAUAGAAUCUGAUGUGGAUGGACUUACAGACAUUACAGUUAGCUCUGUUCAUACCAGUGACCUCUCAUCUUUUGAAGAAGACACUGAGGAGGAGGUUGUAAUGUCUGAUAGCAUGGAAGAAGGAGAGAUUACGUCAGAUGAUGAAGAGAAGAACAAACAGAAUAAAACAAAAACUCAAACCUGUGACCCCAGUGAAGGAAGAGCUAAAAGUGUGCGGCAUGCUUACAUUCACAAGCCGUACCUUUACUCAAAGUACUACAGUGACUCUGACGACGAACUCACUGUUGAACAGCGGCGACAGUCGAUUGCUAAAGAAAAAGAAGAGAGACUUUUAAGAAGGCAAAUUAAUAGAGAAAAACUUGAAGAAAAACGAAAACAGAAAGCAGAAAAGACAAAGUCUUCGAAAGCUAAAAGUCAAGGCAAAAACAGUAUGGAACUGGAAGAAUCAUCAACAAAGAAUUUGGAACCGAAAGCCCCCAGAAUUAAAGAAGUCCUUAAAGAGCGGAAAGUUUUAGAGAAAAAAGUAGCCUUAAGCAAAAAAAGAAAAAAAGACUCGAGGAAUGUUGACGAGAAUUCUAAAAAGAAACAGCAAGCUGAAGAGGAUUCCAAAGAAACCCCCAAAACAAGUGAGCAUUGUGAAAAGGAAAAGGUGUCUUCUUCCAAGGAUUUGAAGCAUGUCCAUACGAAAAGUGAAGGAGGCAAACCUACCCGCAGACUCUCGGAGUGUUUGCAUUCAGCUGAUGAAAACAAAAGUGAAUCCCGACUAGAAAGAGAACAUAAAAGGCGGACGUCUGCCCCUGUCUUGGUGGAAGGGGCACAGGAACAGACUGACGCACGAGAUGGGAAAAGGCCAGUGGAACGCUCAGAAAUGGGUGCAGAAGAACCCCAGAAACAGAAAAACACACUCAAGACUGAAAAGCAUCUAAAGAAAGAUGAUUCUGAAACACCGCAUGUGAAAAACCUCCCUAAGAAAGAGAUGAAGUCCUCUAAGGAGAAGCCCGAAAAAGAGAGAAGUCUGUCCGAAGACAAGUUGUCUACGAAGCACAAAUACAAAGGGGACAGUGUGCAUAAAACAGGCGACGAGACCGAGCUUCACUCCUCCGAGAAGGGCCUAAAAGUAGAGGAGAGUGUUCAAAAGCAAAGCCAACAAACCAAGCCUUCUUUGGAUGAUAAAGCUGAACGAAAAAGUAAACACAGGAAUGAAAGGAAAUUAUCCAUUUUAGGCAAAGAUGGAAAGCCAGUUUCUGAAUAUAUCAUAAAAUCAGAUGAGAAUGCUCGUAAAGAAAACAACAAAAAAGAGCGACACCUGUCGACCGAUAAGACUAAAGUGGAGCACAGAUCGAGGCGAUCGGGUGACUCUAAAAUUCAGAAAGAUGCACUGGGUUCCAAGCAACACGGACUCACAUUGCAGAGAAGAAGUGAAAGCUACUCGGAGGAGAGGUGUGACACGGACUCGGCUAGUGCAGAUAGCAGUUCAAAGCCAGAAGAGGCCGUUCACAAGGAGAGGCGAAGAACAAAAAGCGUGUUAGACGAGAGACUUAUGUUCAGGUCUAAAUCAAAAAGUCAAGGCAAGCCGUUGAAAGUCCUUGAAAUGGAAUUGCAAGAAGGUAUCACCAAACAGGCAACCACUUCGAAACCAGAUAAGGAAAAGAACACAGAAGAAAAUGACCCAGAUAAACAACGGAAGUGUAAAGCCGAGGACAGAUCUGAGGAAGCUGGUGUUGAGCCUGCAUUAGAGAGUGCGGCUUCUGCAGCCCACAGUGCCCAGAAGGACUCCAGUCACAGAGCUAAGCUGCUCUUGGCCAAGGACAAACACAAGGUUGAGAAAGAGCCAGGGUCCUCCAGACUGGAGAGAAAGUUAUCCGACGGGCACAAAAGCAGAAGCUUAAAGCACAGUAGUAAGGAUGUGAAAAAGAAGGAAGAAAACAAGGCUGAUGACAAGGACAGUAAAGAAGUUGACAGUAAUCAUGAGAAGGCCAGAGGGAAUAGCUCAGGCGUGGAGAAGAAGUUAAGCCGGAGGUUGUGUGAAAAUCGAAGAGGGAGCUCGUCCCAAGAAACAACCAGAGGAGAAGAGAGAUCAGCCAGCGCCCUGGGCACUCCCGGUGCUGCCUCCCUCCAGAGACCAAAGAGAGGCGGCGGCGAUGCCACCCUGAUCCCUGAGCAGGAGCCCAUGGAGACUGACGCAGAGCCUGCUGUUGACAGUGUCCCUGCAGUAUCGAAACCCCCCGAGAGCAGCAGUCACGGCGCUCAGCAAGACAUCAGCUCUGACAAUGUGACGAAACAGAAAGCGUCGGCCGCAGUUCCGAAGGACGAGCUAAGAACUUCCACAGUAGAUGCAAAAGCCGCUGCUCUGGCCUGUAAAUCGGGUCGUGGGAACGGGGUCGCUAGUCAUUCGGAAAAGCACGCCGACCAUAAGAGCACUGUGACCAAGAAGGCGCACGUCCAGAGCGCUGCGCCCAGACCGCACCCCGGCGAGAGGGAGCCCCCCCAGCAGGGACCCCAUGAAACGAGCGCAGGCUCCGAAGCCGGUCACAGGAUGUUGCCUCGUGCCCAGUCAGAAAAUGACAGGGCACAAAAGAACGCAAAGCACACAAGACCUGCUGAGGUGCGUGGUGUUCAAGGAGACGCUGUUCUCGAACAUUCCACAAGUUCAGACCCCUCGCCGUCCUUCAGUUCCGUGGCUGCUGUACCUCAGAGACAGUCUCGUGACGUCGAUGUAACUCCGAGAGCUGCCAGAAGAGCGGUUUCAGAAGGCGGCCCCUCCCAGGGGGACCACCCUGACCUCUCGCACCAAAACGUGACUCUCAGGGAGUCAGAAGUCCCGAGAACGAGUCACAGCCAAGAGGGCAGAGCGCUUGCCCCAGCAGACACACCAGCAAAAGCAAGCCUAGAGAGCAGAAGACACAUUCCAGAAGCUUCCCAGGCCGCCGUGCUGCACAGUAAACAAGGGAAGGGCAGUGUGCCUCUGGGCAGCAAGUCCACCGACACGAUUCUGGAGAAUGAGAACGUUAACAAAGACGGCGGCUUGAUGGUCACGGCCGGGAGAGAACGUGACUUCAGCACCGAGCCCCCCUCCAAGCCGGCAGGUAGAGCUGCAGACGGUGGCAGAAGGGACAGCCUCGCUGCCGACCGCGUCGUAAGCAUGAGUGCCAGAAAAGAUGCCAGAGCUGCUGAGCUUAGGCACAGUAGAGGCCCGGGCGAAGCAGAGCACCUGUCGGUCGAUGUUGAAAGAAGGAAAGAACACAGUGAGGUCGACACCAGCGUGGGAGGUCCCGCUGCCGCCUCCGGGUCACACCAAAGGGCUCGGAAGACGGAGGAUGUGGUGGCCGGCUCUGGCAGUGCAGAGAAGACUUCUCUCGCCACCAGCUCCGAAGGGGACAAAGACGUUACCUCGAACCCCGUGAAAGCUGGGGUUGCCACAACCACGUCUGCAGAGUCACGAGACGGGGAGGUGGUGCUGCCUUGCACGAGGAUCGAGGCGGACGAAGGCCUGACCGGGCGCCCCGGGAACGGUCCCCUGCGCGCCGGGGUGGACGGCGGCCGGUGCACCGUGUUCGCCGCGGCAGAGGAAGGGGCUGUGGUCACAGAGGGCCUGGCGGGGAGCGAGACUGCGCUCACGAGCACCAAGGAGGGCGAGAGCGCGGACUGUGCUCUGGCGGGGUCCGAGGGGCCCGCCGCAGGCCCGGUGGCCGCUCAGGCAGCCGCAGUGGACGCCAAGGUCAACAGCGCUGCGGCGGAAGAGAAGGAUGACGCUGUGACCAGCGCCGGCUCUGAAGGAAAGUGUGAAGGGUCUUCCAGGGGAGACUCGGCAAGAGUCGGGGGGACUGUUACUUUCACCGGGGAAGGCGAAAGCGACGGAGCUGUAACAAGUGCUGGGACAGAAAUGCGAGAGGGAUCCUUAAGCAGUGAAGAGGUCGACGGGUUCCAGAGAAAUGUGAUGAGGAUGGGCCCCAAAAAAGAAACCGCGGGGACUGUGACAUGCACAGGAGCCGCCAGGGGCAGUGAAAGCUGCCCGGUCACGGGAGCAGGGCCACAGGAGGCGCGUGUGGCCACAGGUGCCGCUGUGGCCCUGGUGGGCCGGGACACGCCUCCGGCAACGAGCGCCACCCAAGAGGGGGACGGGUCUGCGAACGACGGCGCGGAGGCGGAGGGGGAGAGCGCCGUCACCAGCACCGGGAUCACGGAGGACGCCGAGGGGCCGGCCAGCUGCGCGGGGUCGGAGGAGAGCAGCGAGGGCUUUGCUCUGAGCUCUGGCUCAGAAGAGAACGGACAGAGUGCGAUGGACAGCACAGCAGCCAAGGAGGCCACUGACGCCCCAGCGGUCGCUGCCGGUCCCUGUGACGACGAAGGCAUUGUCACCAGCACGGGCGCCAAGGAGGAGGACGACGAGGGGGAGGGCGUGGUGACGAGCACCGGCAGGGGGAACGAAGUCGGGCGCUCCUCGGCCUGCACAGGGCUGGAAGAAGGGGAAGGGGCGCCCCUCUGUGAGAGUGCGGAAGAAGGGGACGGUCAGAUCGGGACUGCCACGGGGCGUGGGGCGGCCGAGGCCGGAGCCACCGCCGGCAGCGCCCACGAAAGCAGCGUCGACAGCGUGAGUGGUGCAGACCAGGAGACGAAAGACACGGAGAUCGGCUCCAGUGCCAAGGGGGUCGUGGAGAGCAGCGUGACCAGCGCGGCUGCGGGGAAGGGCAAGGGGGUUCCAGGGCUCGAAGGUCGUGAGGGUCCCAUCACGACUGCAGCUUCAGGUCAAAGCGACAGUCAGCUCGCCAGGAAAGACAAAGUUGAAGACACCACUAUUUCCACCGGCCUGGUGGGGGGCAGUUACGAGGGACUGGUGUCCGGUGCAGCCCCAGAGUAUGAAGCUCGCCACACGUCACCGGGCGGGAAAGAAGACGAAGGUGUCAUCACCUCUGUGGAGCACGAGGAGUGUGACGGCCUUGUGGCUGCCACAGCCAGUGACAACGUGACCGACCAGACUUGCUUCGCUGGCGGCCAGAGUCAAGGCGCGGGCUUGGUGAUUUCCACCAGUACGACACACAAUUACGUGGUGCAGCUGAGCACCAGCGUGGACGCGGAAGGCCACCCGAGUGCUCCGAGAGCCGAAGGCGAUGUGGACGGCACCGGGGCGAACACGGAGGAAUUCGAGGCCCCCAUGCCCAGUGCCGUGUCAGGAGAUGAGAGCCAGCUCAGUGCUGCGCGACACGAGGACAAAGACGAGUGUGCCAUGAUCUCCACCAGCUUAGGCGAAGACUUCGAGGUGCCCGUGUCCAGCGCAACCACCAUCCUGUGUGCCGGCGGCCAGCAGCCAGUCGCCACCGUCGAAGGAGGAGCCCAAGGCCCCGUGCUGGUCGGCGCCGACGACUUCGAGGUGCCGAUGCCCAGCGCGCCCACGGACGUCGAGAGGCCCCUCGCCUCCACCAGCAAGGAGGAGAAGGACGAAUGCGCGCUCAUCUCCACCAGCAUAGCGGAAGAAGGCGAGGCCUCCGUGUCGGGGGCUGUCGCGGAAAGUGGCCACGAGCCGUCUGUCACGGUCGUGGAGGAAAAGGACGGCAGUGCCGUCAUCUCGACGAGCUCCGUGGAAGACUGUGAGGGCCCGGUGUCCAGCGCUGUCCCUCUGGGGGACGUCCACCCCUCGGCCACACCAGCAGAGGAGGUCAGCGACACCACGGUGAUUUCCACAAGUACCUCUGAAGGACGGGAAGCAGUCAUGAGGGGUGCUGUCCCGCAGGACGAAGACCGGCCUGCUGUUGCAAGAGUGGAGGACUUGGGUGAUGCUGCCCUCAUCUCCACCAGCACGGCCGAGUGUGCGCUGGUUGUCACUGGCCCGGAGAGGCACGAAGACAUUCAGCUGACUGCAAGCAACCCAGAAGGAAGAGGUGACCUGUCCGCUGCAAAGGGGAGCAAGUGUGAGGUUCCUAUGCCCAGCCUCUUUGCUGAGAACAACUGUCAGUGUCCCGGGACCCUCCCAGGAGGGAAAGAAGUGAGCACCAGGGAAGGAUGCGACAGGGCUCCCGUCAGCGAGCUCUCUGCAGAGGGAGGCCAGCUGGAAGAGAAGCCUGUACCCUCCAUCUCCGUUCAGAGCCGGGAUACCAGCCCUGAGGCGGGGACAGCAGGGCACAGCACCUCAGCCAGUCACUCAGCAGGGAGGGACUUGGAGAGCAGAGCCGGCUCAUCUGUUCAUCUGAGACCAGAGCAAACGCCUGGGCAGAAGGCUGAGGAUCCUUCCAUCAGCGCUCCCUCUUUGACAGCAGUCGAUUCCGGUGCUAAAACAGCUGGUGACAUGCCAAGUGUCAGAGACCCUGCGGCCCAGCAGCCCUCUCUUCCUCCCGCCCAGCGGGAGCCUGGGGGCCACUUGGAAACCACCCCUGAUGGUAUUCAUGGCCACGGAUCAGAAAUUGCUCCUUCCUGUUCAGUCCUUCCGGCUGCCUGCAGUGUAGCUCUGCCAGCAGCCAAGUGUGAGCAGGACGUGACCAUGAAGAGUGCCCACGAUGGCAAGUGGGCCGUGCAGGUGUCAGCCGAGAAAGCAGGAGCUGGCGUGGGGACAUCCCUCCGGAAGGAAGGAGACCUCGCGGCCACUGUUUCUUCUGAAGAAAGUUUGGGCGACACAGGCAAUGAAGAGUCUCCAUCAAAUGUUUUGGGAAGAGUGGACUCCAAAGCCAACUUGAAAACUGAGACAUUUGUACCAACAGAGGAAGAGAAAAAUCAUGAAAGUCCAGCACCAUCAGAAAGUCCACGUGGGAGAAAGCCGACCGGAAUAACUGAACUACAGAGGGAGCCUUUGUCAGUGAAUGAGUCACUGAAGGUCAGACAUGCAGGCUCGAGAACGGAUGAGGACGCCCACAGCAAAUCUCGUAACAAAGAAGAGCUGUCCAGUGGUAGAAAAGACAGCACAGAAGCCGGAAGAGGUCACAAUGUUGAAGAGGCGGAAGAGAGAGAGAGGCAUGCGUCCAGAAGGAAGAGGAAGAAGCCGUGCCCCUCUUCAGAGGACGAACUGGAUGAUAACGCAGAUGUCCUGGAUCCCAGAGUGGAAGCGGCACAGAGGCAGUGUACCGCCACGGAGCCCCCGGGUGCCAAGGAAGAGAGCCCUGGAGAUUUGGAAGAAUCAUCUAAAACAAGUCCCAGCAGCAGCAGGGCUGCCUCGCGGGCCUUGGAAGAGAGAGAUGAAUCUAGCAGUGAAGCUGCUGGCGAAAGGACGGAGCAGAAUGAUGAUGACAACGUGAAGUCUCAGGAGGAAGACCAGCCGGUAAUUAUUAAACGGAAAAGAGGAAGACCUCGUAAACACCCCGUGGAAAUAGCAUUAAAAACAAAGGAGGACUGCAAGUCAGACACCGGCACUGCCACUGUAGAACAGUCUCCACCUGGCGGCAAACUGAGAGUAAUGCAAGCAGAUGAGUCCAGCAAAGAAACAGGUGCCCUGCAGGAGAGAAGCGGAAGCAAUGACGACGGUGAAGAAAGAGCGGCAGCAAACGUGCGACGGCGGGGCAGGAAGCCCAAGCGCUCGCUCACUUCCUCCGACGAUGCCGAAUCCUCAGAACCAGAAAGAAAACGCCAGAAAUCCGUUUCUGAAGCGGCCGAGGACAAGAAAGACCCGGAGUCGGAGGAGGAGGAGGAGGAAGAGGAGGAGGACGAGCCGGCGGGAGCCACCACCAGGUCCGCCACGAGGUCCGAGGCUCAGAGGUCAAAGGCGCAGCUGUCCCCUUCCACCAAGCGCAAGAGGGAGGGCAGCCCGCCCGGGGCGCGCACGCGGGGCCAGCAAAGAGUGGAGGAGGCCCCGGGGAAGAAGGCGAAGCGGUAACCGCACUGCUGCGGCUCCUGAGCGGACUUGGAGAGGAGGGAAGAAGCCCGAGCCUCCGGCCAGAGGCUGUUUUUUUUAAACCAGGGAAAGGACACGCAUGUGCUAAGUUCCUAGGUGCCGGCUUUUCCUUAGGUUUUAAACAGCUUUAUAAACUAUUGUUCAUAGAAGAUAUUAUGUACAUUUAUUUCAGAUAAAGGAAAAUAAGUUUACUUUGUAUCUGAAGUCAAAACAACGUAGCUGUAUAUUUUAACAUUGGAAAUUGGGAUUUCCCGCUGGGGCACAUCACGAAUGCAAACCCUUCCAGCCAUCAGACACCAGGCUGCCUGCUGGUCCUCUGUGUACAGUAUAUAAACAUGUAAAAAUAGGUUGUAUUUUACUCUGUGUAUGAUGCUAAUCAAUGAACACUUAUUUAUUUUACAAAGAAAACUUAUCUGUGAACUUUACUAUAUAUCUGUUUAUUUUAUUUUAUUAUUUUUUUAAUUAAAAAAAAAAAAAGGUUUUAAAUGCUAUGCAGUCAUCAGUAGAAGUGUUUUAGGAACGCCUGCCCUGUGCCUGAAUAUGACCUGGCAGGGAUACAGGGCCUUCUCCGUGUGCUCAAGUGAAGUAGUUUAGCUCAAGGCCCCAUCGCUCUUCUAUUCGCAGCUGUGACUGUUUUUAAGAAUGUAACUUGUUUUAGAUUAUACUCCAUCGGUGACUUGACCACCGCCCCACUGGCGAGCGAGCGGGACCUGGUUCAGGGAAAGGGCCGCCCUGCCCGCUGCAGCAGAAGCCCCUCCUCCCGUGGCCCCGCCCCCGCGGCUCGGCCCUGUUCUUCCCCUACCAUCCUCAGUGGAGAGAACGCUUUGAAGGUGAGGUCACUCCUAUCAUGAGUCAGGACUUUAUGUUGUUUCCUACAUGAUUAUUGCAGGAUGGGAACUGGCUUUAUGCCAGAUCCUUUUUUAAACACCUUGAAACUCCCAUAUGAGCAAACUGUCCAACUUAUGUUUUUCAUAAGAUUAAACUUUUCUUACGAUCAAAUUUGUCUCUAGCAAUGAUGUGAUGAGUUGCCAAA